CCCGCGACCGUGCCCAAGACAGCCGGUCCCGUCGUCGACCGCAGCUUCUUGUCCUACUCCUUCGACGUGGCCACCUUCUACAACAGCUCCUUCGACGCCGCCGGAAAGCCCAACAAGUUCGUCGCCAACCUCAUCCAAGGUAUCGCUGAUCGUACGGGCGGCACGCCCAUCAUCCGCGUCGGUGGGACGGCCGGUGAUCGUGGCAGCUACUCGGCGACUCAGGUCAAGUUGGCGGUCAAUCAAGACGCUUCAAAGCAGGGACCCGCAUUUCAGGCUCCAUUCCUCGUCGUUGGACCGAGAUACUUCGAUGCGUUCAAGAACUUCAAGAACGCCAAGUUCAUCCUCCAGGUACCAUCUGCGAAUGACAACUUGCCGAACGGCAUCGCGUGGGCCCGCAAGGCUUUGACGACCAUUGGAUACAACCGCCUGGAUGCCGUGCAGAUCGGCAACGAUCCGGACUCCUGG